AUGGAUGCUGCUGUAGAAAUGCUGCAGAAAGUGCAGACUGAUGUCAUCUGCAGCAUCUGUAGGAGCUACUUCUCUGAGCCGGUCACCCUCUAUUGUGGACACAACUUUUGCAGAGAAUGUCUCUCCUCCUGCUGGAGGCUAGCAACCCGGGCUUUCUCUUGUCCUGAAUGCAGGCAAGUGCCCCAGAGCAGAGCAUUACCCCCAGUCAAUGAGCGCCUAUCACAGCUGACUGAACUGGUCAAAAGGUUCAGCUUCCAAAUUUUGCAAAGUACUAAAGGACAGAGCCAGUGCGUCCUUCAUGGGAAAGUCUUCAAGCUCUUUUGCAAACAGGACCAGACACCACUGUGUAUGGAAUGCUGUGAAACCCUAGAACAUGAGGCUCACGGGAUCUUUCCUGUAGGAGAGGCUGCUGGUGAGUGCAGGAAACAGCUCCAGAACAUGCAGAGUCAUUUGGGGAAACAUUUUGAAGAAACUGAGAGCCUUCUAGCUCAGCGGAGCCCUGUGGACUGGAGAAGGAUGAUCAUAGAAGAAUACCACAAACUGCACCGCUUAGUGAUGGCACAAGAAUUCAGCUGUAUUGAAAGGAUAAGGCAAGAGCAAAGGGCAAGGAAGGACAGACUAACCCAGCAUAGACAAACCCUUCAGAAGCUCAAGCUAGAACUGCAGGAAGCAGGCAACCAACCGGAUCUGGAUCUGCUACAGGACGCCAAGCAGUUGCUGGAAAGGAGUGAGUCAGAGCUGUUCCAAAGGGACACGACUAUCAUCCCAGAGCUGAGAGAGUAUCCUAUCCCUGGCCUGAUAGAGCUGCUCAAUCGAUUCAGAGUGGACCUCAUCAUGGAUCCCAGAUCAACCACUUCCUGUCUGAAUGUUUCUGAGGAUCUGAGGAGUGUGAAGGCUACAGAAGACUGGGAGGCACCCCAGCAUCUUGAAGACUCUGAUUGCCAUGCUGUUCUUGCUAAGCAGGCCUUCUCCUCAGGCAGACACUACUGGGAGGUGGACGUGAGUCAGCUACCUCAGUGGGUAGUGGGGAUCUAUACCACCUACUUGAGGAGAAAAAGGGACAGGGAUGUAGAGUCCUGUGACUAUGCCUUCUUGCUUCGAUGUGUCAAGAAGGAAGAUAAUUACUUUAUAGGAUCCUAUCCUGGAUCACUAAGCCAUCAGUUGAAAGGCCCUAUACCCAGGGUUGGGGUCUACCUGGAAUAUAGCCCUGGAAGUCUUGUUUUUUACAACGUUCUCCAGCGCUCCCUUAUUUAUAAGUUCGACCCCAUUUCUUUCACAGCACCGCCUUCCUCCAAGACAAGAAGGAUCGCCUAUUUCAUGAGGAAGAGUCCUGCUCACUCAAGACAUUUGCCUUCCACCCUGCAAGCUGAAGGAGAUCGUUCCCAAGUGUUUUGUGCCCUCUCAUCCUCAGUAGAUCCUGUCUGUUUACGAAUUUUCACAAUCAAUUCUGCUUCAGUAGUUAAAAACAACCCAAACCUCUCAUUUGAGGACUAUGGUUUCUAUAUCCUUAUCCGAGAUGGUCGGCCCGGCGCCGGAGCCGGCCUGGCUGAGGGCCCGCAGGGCUGGUUGAGAUUCCUGCGUCACACCGGCCGCGGUCCCUGGCAGUCCGGCCCAGCCCGGCCUGGCGGCGUCUUUGGGGAGCAUCCCGGGGGCGGUGGAAGGGUGUGGAGUGAUAGGUGGAAACGGUCGGUUAGCAUUUGCUGCGCGCCUGCACCAAGAGUCUCUGCGGUCUCUGCUCGGAACUCCUAG